AUGGCGCCGCCCUCCAAGAAGCCCAGCGCAGAUGCUGCUAGCCUCGAGGAUAAGACGCGAAGUGAGCGAGGCUUCGCUAGCGUGGAGGCCGCUCUGGCGAGCGUCUUCGCUCUAAAACGGGUGAAGGGGAGUAAGAUGUCUAACAUACUUUCGUACCUUGGUGCGCGCAACCCGCUCCCGGUCCCCAUCACCGGCAACGACAUUGUCUGGCUCCUGGACAACGUCGCAUUCCGUGGCCCGGGUGGCGCGUGGCAGGCAGAGUUUGUUGCCGCCGCCUUUGCCGGACCACCGUCUGGCAGGAUCGUCGACGCAGUAAGCGACAUUGCCGAGAAGCUUGGAUUCUCAAAGGGGGACAGUGAGGAAGAGACGAUAGAGAAGCGAGUCGGGCCCUUUGUCAUGGGCAUCCUACCGGGGCGUCAGGUGAAAGUGCGCUUUGAUGACGGCGCUGCGGAAUUGAAGCUGGGCCCCGGUGGGAGAAAUGGAAUCAGCAGCGAUAUCAAAGUCCUCACGGACGCGCCCCCGGGCCUGGCUGUUGACUCCACAGCCGAAGUCCCCAGCGGAACAACCGGUCUGCUGGAUAUGAAGACGGUGUAUGCGGAGCCAGAUGGAUGGGCUGUCAUCUCAGACAUUGAUGACACUAUCAAGAUCACGCAAACAAACGACCCUCUUGGAAUCCUGCGGUCCACGUUCGUGUCUGAACCGACACCGGUCACCGGCAUGCCGGAGCUCUAUGCAUAUAUCAAGGACAUUCUGAACUCUGGGGCGCCUUUUUUCUAUCUCUCGGCCUCGCCCUACAAUCUGUACCCUUUUCUCCGCGACUUUAGGGAAACGUAUUAUCCUCACGGGCAACUGAUUCUACGCGAUGCCAGCUGGAUGACGAUUCCCGGGCUGCUCUCGAAUCUGACACUCGGCACUCAAGAAUACAAGGUCGACCGCAUCAAGAAAGUCCACCGCUGGCUGCCGCAGAGGAAGUUGAUAUGCAUCGGGGAUUCGACCCAGACCGACCCCGAGUCUUACGGAGAGAUAUAUCGGACGUUUCCCGGGUGGGUCAAGUUGGUCCUCAUCCGCAAAGUCAAGGACAUUGCCUCUGUCGGCACGGCAGAGAAGAACGAGCCAAAGAGAUUCGAAGCAGCUUUCAAAGGUGUCCCGCGCGAGGCGUGGCAUGUAUUUGAGAACCCGAGUGAAUGCAUCAAGUUAGUGCAAAAGGCACCACUCGUUUUCUCCUCGACCCUCUUCGGAUCUCCGGGCUCGGUCUCGUCCUGCGCAUCGCAAGGAUCAGCGGCUCAGAUGACCAUGGAGGAGAUUCCGGCCAAACGGCAGAGGUCGGCCAAGGACGUGCCCUUCAAUCUGAUAUACUGGCCCAGACUUCCCGGUCGCGGCGAGCACGUCCGCCUCGCCCUCGAGGAGGCUGGUGCCGACUACACCGACACGGCGCACACCGAGGGCGGCAUUAGCGAGGUGCUUGCUCACGUGCAGGGCAAGGCGCCCGACGACAGCAUCAACCCUCCCAUUUUUGCCCCGCCCAUUCUCAAGCACGGCGAUCUUGUCAUCAGCCAGACGCCCAACAUACUCCUGUACCUCGGCCGGCAUCUGGGACUGGUCCCUAGCGAGGACGACGACCCGGACGGUAUGUACAGGGUCAAUGCGCUUGCGCUAACGGCCCUCGACGGGCUCAGCAACGAGCCGCACGACUGCCACCACCCCAUUGCGUCCGAGCUUUACUACGAGGACCAGAAGGACGAGGGCAAGAGAAAGGCCGAACACUACAUCAAGACGCGCCUGCCCAAGUUCCUGAGCCAUUUCGAACGCGUGCUUACCUCCAAGGCGAGCGGUGACGGACCUUGGCUAUACGGGGGCGAGCUGACCUAUGCGGACCUCGUGCUAUUCCAGUGUCUCGACGGCGUCAAAUUCAUGUUCCCCAAGGCCAUGGCGAAGUUGGAGCGCGAGGAGAAGCACUACAAGGUGUUUGCACUGUACGAGGCUGUCAAGGCACGGCCGAAAAUCAAGGCCUAUCUGGAGAGCCCUCACCGCCAGAAGUACAGCAAUGGCAUUUACAGGUACUACGAAGAGUUUGACAUUGAGGGAUGA